UGAGCAGAUUGAAAGCUCUCUAGCAGCAAACAAGACUAUUGCUCAGAUUUCAAAAAGAAAGGAUUGAGUAGACAGCUGAGAAGUUUGCUUUUUAGAAAACCUGCAGUCAGAAGGUAUUUUUUGCAGAUUUUAUUAAAUAGAUACUGUAAGUUCAGCAGAGGAAUUAAUCUGCAAAAAUGCAAGUCGUACGUCAGUGUUCAGUGUGCGCCAGCCGCGCUGCUGGAGGACUUCUGAAAGACAUUUCUCUGCUGCGGACCAACAAGAGCGUGCUCAGGAGAGGAGCAGCAUGCACUCGCUUCCUGAGUGGUUCUGAGAGCAGCAGGCCUGGAGUGCAGAAGUUGGGGGAGAGGACGAACGCUGCACACAUGAGCAUGGCAUCUUUGAGUGUUGCCCAUAGGCUCUGUGUUGUCCCCUUUUCACAGCAAGUGGAAAAUCUUUCUCAUGGCUCCCUGAUCAAAAGAGCCGCCACCGUGGUCACAGACAGUUCAAGUACCUUCCUCUCCCAGACCACCUUGGCUCUCAUAGAUGCUCUUACUGACUACUCAAAGGCUGUGCACUCACGCAUUGCUUUCCAAAGACAAUAUCUCCUCACGCUGGGGAAAGUGAGCCCCUCUGAAGAGGAGUCACUGCAGCAGGCUAUCAAGAGCUGGCGUGCAGAGGCCAGCGAGAGACUGGAUGAAUGCAAACGUUGCGAAUCGACCUGGAUCAACGCUGUCAACCUGUGUAAAAUGGCAGCCGAGGCAGCUUGCGCUUCAGGAGCCGAGCAGGCGUCCAUCUCAGUGACAGCAAACCUCCAAGUGGCCCAGUCGCAGGUGGAAGAGGCGCGCAAACUGUCGGCAGGCGCAGACAAGAAGCUGGCCGAGACUAAAGUAGAAGAGAUCCAGAGAAUGGCGGAGUAUACGUCCUUUCUGGAGGACAGCGAAGAGCAUGAGGUGCACGAGGCUUAUCUACGAGAGGACUAAGACAAAGAGAGACACUGGAAAACUCAAAACAAAAAAAAAAUGCUUGUCAGUGUGAUACUGAUUUUACAAUGACAUGGAUUCCCCUUUGAAAACGUUCUACAGUGUUUGAUUUCCUAGAAUGGCUUCUUUUAUGAGAUGAUCACGUUUGUAUUUAAACCAAACAGUAAAGAAUCGAAUAAGAAUUUAGAUUUACUUUUGACUAAAUCAUUAUUUAAAACUAUUUAUUUGAUUGGUGAAUGUCAGAAAAAUCAUAGAUAUCCUGUGCAUUGCUAUAUAUUGUUCUUAUCCACCUCGCUGGAUCACAAGUAUGUCGUACGUUUUUUUAUAUAUAUAUAUAUGUAAAAUUAUUUCCGUGCAAAUAAUAAAAUAAAUCUAUUUGUAUUUGCCUAAA